UGCUAGUACGGUUUGCGGCUUAAGCACCGCCGCGGUCUGAGGAAUGUCAACUAUUCAACAUGGAGGCGGAGGUCGAUAAGCUGGAACUGAUGUUCCAGAAAGCUGACUCUGAUCUGGAUUACAUACAAUACAGGCUGGAAUAUGAAAUCAAGACUAAUCAUCCUGAUACAGCAGGCAAGAAAAAUCCAGUUACACUCUUAAAGGAAUUGUCAGCAAUAAAAUCUCGAUAUCAAACUUUGCAUGCACGCUUUAAACCAAUUGCUGCAGAGCAGAAAGAGACUAAGAACCGCAUUUGUGCUACUGUCAAUAAGACUAUGACCAUGAUACAAGAACUACAAAAGCAAACAGACCUGGAGCUGUCACCACCGAGUAAAGAAGAGAAAACUGCGGCAGAGCAAUUAAAAUCUUUCAUGUCAGACUUAUGAAGAAAUGGACUUGCAAAAGGGAAUUCUAAUGGAGAAGAGAUCUAUCUCAGAAAGAUUUAGGAUGAUGUCUUGUUAGCACUUAAUGACUAGAGGUGGGGGGAUGGAGAAGAAGAAGAUUUGGCUGGAGUGACUGGAUAAUGAUGCUUUUCACAAGAGAGGGGACUAUAAAAAGGGCAUAUAUUAUAGGAAUAAAGUUUAGCCAAGAGGAUGGAAUGGGAAUAGAUUUAAAAAUAUAUAUGCACACACACUUAGUCUUAUAAUUUUGAGCAAGGAAGUCACAUAACUCUAUUUUGCAUCUGUUUUUGUGUAAUUGGGAUAAUAUGGAUGUCCUGGCCUAUCAUGAAAGGAUAUAUGUACUAUCAGUCAGAUGUGAAUGAGCAUGUUUUGGAAAUUAAAGGAUAGAAAAAAUA